AUGGAUCCUCUCUCUGGUGCAGCAAGUGUUAUCGCACUUGUCCAAGUAACCGGAACCAUCGUCCAAAUAUGUGGAAAAUAUAUCAACAACGUCAAAAAUGCGACACAGGAUAUUCAGCGCUUCCAAGAGAAGAUCGUCGCCCUUGCACAAGUUCUUCAAUCUCUUGAUAAGGUGACCCGAGGAUCCAAUGGUAACAAACUUACUACUACCCAAGACCUGGUCGACACAAUUGCAAAAUGCUCUUCAGCUCUUGCAAGGUUAAAAGAUAAGAUCGACCCGGAAACAACACAAAGAGGAAUGAGGAAAUGGGGACUUCGAGCCUUCAGAUGGCCGUUGGCACGGUCGGAGUUAGAUGAUGCUAUCAUGGAGCUUGAGUGGUACAAAACAACAUUUGCUUUGUCCUUGCAGGUUGAUCAAACGAGAUUCACCAAUUUGAUUCAUCAAAAGGUGGACCUUAGCAAACUACAGAGUGCAAAAGGAGCAGCAUUUGAUUCAUACGAUAAUCAAUAUGGUGAAUGUCUUCCAGGAACCCGAAUUGAGCUACUUGAAGAACUCGAAGAGUGGACAAAAUCACCACACGGAAAAUGCAUAUUUUGGUUGAACGGCAUGAGCAACAACUUCUUAGAGCGAGCUUUUUUUUUUAAGAGAGGCGAAGAGGACCGCGGAAUAGUAAAGAAGCUUUUCCCUACAUUGGUCGAGCAACUAGUCACCAAUAUACCUCAAAUGCUCCCUUAA